CGUUUCAUCUUCUUCUCCUGUUGUAUUGUUCAUCUUCUCCCCUUGAUCCAUUUUUUACUUGAUGAAUUCUGAAGAAGUGACCGGCAUAAAAACUCCCAUGGACGCGAGAGAGGAAGCGUUGAAGUCCUUGAAGGUCCAAAUGUUGAAAAGGCAGCGGGCGUUCUCCGAGGAGCUCCGUCAAGUGAAAUCAUCUCAGCCGUCCCAUUUAUCUCCUUCAGUCUCUCAAGCUGCCGCCUCCCUUGGAGGGGCUGACACUGGGCUAGUUCAAAGGAGCCAGUCGCUCUCCAAGGACUCAGAGGCCCUAGAGGGCGCUCCAGUAAAACCUCCAAGAAACUGGGAGCAGAGUCCCCAGCCCCCAACCUCCCCUAGAUGGUCUACUUGGAAAGAUUCGAGCUUGGGUGAGCAGCCAUCAGCCUGGAGCGCGAAGAGUCCCCAGCCCUCAGCCUCCCCUAGAGGGUCUAGUUGGCCAUAUUCGAGCUGGGGUGAGCAGCCAUCAGCCUGGAGCGCGAAGAGUCCCCAGCCCUCAACCUCCCCUAGAUCGUCUUCUUGGACAGAUUGGAGCUCGGAUUUUGACCCAUUUCAGCCAUCAUCCUGGAGCGCGAAGAUCCCCCAGUCUUCGCUUAUGCUACCACCUGCAGCUCGGCCAAGUUUGCCUACGCCCGAGGAGCGGCAAGCUCUGCGAAGUUUGUCGAUAACGGACUUGUUGGAGAAGAACUUGGUGUUCCAGACGGAGUUGAAGGAGCGGAUUUCGCGUCUCAGUGCAGAUUACGCCGCGUCCCAAGCUCAAGAGACUAAGCUACGGUCCUUGGCUGAGUACUGGGAGAAGAAGGCUAAGGCAAUCGAAGCUGAAAAAGCUCAAGAGACUAAGCUACGGUCCUUGGCUGAUUUCUGGGAGAAUAAGGCUAAGACAAUGGAAGCUGAAAAAUUGCACCUCUCGGAACGGAUGGCUAAGGUCCUGAUUGAGCUCGACGAGAGCAAGGCUGAAUUGGAGGCGGUCAGAUCCAAGAUGGAAGGGAUGAGCUCUAUGCUAAAUGGAGCCAGUUUUAUGCUAAAUGGAGCCAAGGUCAAGCUGGAGGGGGCGAGAACUGAGCUGCAAUCGGCUGCGAAGGAGAAGGCGUCCCUUGGCGUCAAAGAAAGCUAACCGAAGCAGGUGGCCAUUUUGUGUCUCUCGAUAGCCAUCCAAGCCAUUGUCUUUUUUUUUUAUUUUUUUUUAUGUUUUUUUUAAAAAAAUCUAUUUUGAAAAAUGUGUAGAAUUAAUCAGAAUCAUCUUUGGCAAUGAACCAUCAUCCGUGCAACUCGUCUUUGGCAAUUAAUCAGAAUCAUCUUUGUCC